AUGUCCGACGAGGAUAACCAGAAUCCCCUGCAUACCAUGGACUUUCCCAGUCUCGACCUGGGGCACGCUGCGUGCUCCCAACGCACGGUCGACCUGGGCGACAUGGAGGUGUACGUCUAUGGGCUGGACGAGAUUUCCAACUCGAACAAGGACAUUGCGGCUGUCGCGAGCCAAAUGUCCAACAUGGCGCACGGCCUCAUCGGCGAGAUCCGGCGGUUUCCUGCCGAGCGCGACGUGAUUGUGCUCACGCUCGACCAGCGCGGCCACGGCAAGCGGCGAGACAAGGACAAGCCCGACCCGCUGUGGUGGUACGACAAUCCCGGCGUGCUCGUCAACAUGAUCACGUUCCUGCAGGGCGCGGUGCAGGAUCACAAGCUCAUCAUCGACAACAUCGAGCAGUACCUCUUCCCCCAUGGCGAGAGGCGCAUCACCGAGUGGAUGAUGUGCGGCGUCAGUCUCGGCGGACACGUCAACUGGCGCAUGCUGCUCGAGGAGCCGCGCGUCCGCGUUGCAAUCCCCAUCGCGUCCGUCCCCAGCGAUGCGCUGCACAAGCUCCAGAUCGGACGGUUUGUCCAAGAACACGCACUUGGGACAGAGGUGCACUAUCCCCCCGCAACGCAGCGGUACUACAACACCCCCGUGCCCGAGGGGACAUAUGUCGGCAAGAAGAUCCUCGCCAUCAACGGCAUGGGCGACGACCUCUGUCCCCCAGAACUGGGAGACCCGGAAUGGGGCCGCGUCGUGGCAGAGGCGGGGCCCGGCAACGCCGUGCGCGUCACGGUCCAGGACGUCGGGCACAUUGUCACACCGCCCAUGGUGCGCAAGUCUGCCGAAUGGCUGUAUCGCUGGGGCGUGCGCGGCGUCGGGGAAGAUACGGCUCGCCUGUAA